AUGGCGACAGCGUCUGAUAGCUCACCUGUGUAUGUUACAAUCUCCGCUCUGGAUGCUGGCUAUUUGAGUCUGCCAGAGCGCAUGUUCGUAACCGAUGCCGACCCAGUAAAGAAAAAUCUCGUUCCAACUCUCUCAUUUCUCAUUCGGCAUCCGUCUCCCGAUGGCAGCGUAGCCAACCUUGUCUUUGACCUUGGCAUGAAGCGCGAUUUGGAGUAUUCUCCCGCGCAGAAAGAGCGUCUUUCUGUCUGGGAGCCGAUAACCACCGACACCGACUGCGCUCAAAGCCUCCGCAAUGGCGUUGCUGGAGCUCCGGGAGCUCAGAGCGGCGUUCUUUUGGAUCCGGCCAAGGACAUUAACUAUAUCAUUAUAAGCCACGCUCACUUCGAUCACACGGGAACGCCAUCGGAUUUCCCUUCUGCGACAUUUGCUGUGGGAUCUGGAACUUUGAAUCUCUUCAAGAAUGGUGCCGGGCCACUCUGCCCCGGUGAAUUCUUCAUCGACGAUGAGCUGCCUGCGCUCCGCACCAUUGAAUUCCCACCAGUGUCUCGCACAGGCAAAUAUGGAAACGAGCCAUAUGCCCCAAAGCACACGCCAGUGCCAGCAAAUAGCCAAGUCAAGCCACCAGCCGCGGCGGCUUCAUGGUCAUGGAAGCCCCUGGGCGAGUUUCCAAACGCGCUGGACUUCUUCGGUGACGGCAGUCUUUAUGUCAUUGAUACGCCUGGCCACAUUUACGGACAUGUGAACUUGCUCGCUCGGCUUGGAGAGAAACGAUGGGUUUAUCUCGCUGCGGAUUGUUGCCAUGAUAGGCGCCUGAUUACGGGAGAAAAGAAUAUCGGAUUGUACGAUGACGAACAUGGUGGACAGCGAAGCAUCCACGUCGAUACUGGGGAAGCACGAGGUUCUUUGGAUAGAGUGGUGGCAUUCUCAAAGGGCCAAGAAGCUCAAGGUUCCAAGGUGGAAAUUGUUCUGGCUCAUGACCCUUUAUGGCGGAAGGAGAAUGCGCAUGCGUGCUGGCCAGGCAAAAUGUAG